UGGUCGCAGCCUUGGGGAGGUGGAAGGGCCUGGGGCUGCCUCCGAGAGGUGCGAUGGAAAUGCCCCGUUUUCAGCGAGCCUGGAGAGGCCACCGCCCCGGCUGGAGAGUGACCAUGAGCCCCUGGCCAAGCGGUGCCGCCUCCAGCCUAGAGAUGCCGCCAAGAUGCCUGAGAGCGCCUGGAAGUUCCUCUUCUACCUGGGCACCUGGAGCUACAGUGCCUACCUGCUCUUCGGCACUGACUACCCCUUCUUCCACGACCCGCCCUCUGUCUUCUAUGACUGGACGCCAGGCAUGGCAGUGCCACGGGACAUCGCGGCCGCCUAUCUGCUGCAGGGAAGCUUCUACGGCCAUUCCAUCUACGCCACGCUGUACAUGGACGCCUGGCGCAAGGACUCAGUGGUCAUGCUCGUCCACCACGUGGUCACCCUGGUCCUCAUUGUCUCCUCCUAUGCCUUCCGGUACCACAGCGUGGGCAUCCUGGUGCUCUUCCUGCACGACAUCAGCGACGUGCAGCUGGAGUUCACCAAGCUCAAUGUUUAUUUCAAGUCCCGUGGAGGCUCCCACCAUCCUCUGCACGCCCUGGCUGCGGACCUGGGCUGCCUCAGCUUCAGCCUCAGCUGGUUCUGGUUCCGCCUCUACUGGUUCCCACUCAAGGUCCUGUACGCCACCUGCCACUGCAGCCUGCGCUCGGUGCCUGACAUUCCCUUCUACUUCUUCUUCAAUGCACUCCUGCUGCUUCUCACUGUCAUGAACCUUUACUGGUUCCUGUACAUCGUGGCUUUUGCUGCCAAGGUGCUGACGGGCCAGGUUCGGGAGCUGAAGGAUGUGCGGGAAUACGAUGCGUCAGAGGCCCCGAGCCCCAAGCCCAGCAAAGCUGAGAAGCCGCUGAGGAACGGUUUGGUGAAGGACAAGCGCUUCUGAACCCUUCGACGCCCGUCCCGCUCCCCCGGACCUCACCCUGCCCCACCUUGCCCCCUGGGACGGC